AUUGCUGAAAAUUCUGACAAAUGGUUUAAGGAUGUUGUAGCUAUAUGGAGGUAUCUUCUUAGCUCAUUAGCUAUAGUCUGCAUUCUUAUGUUGAUUAUUUGCUUUGGUAAGGAACACCAAAUUUUGUAUGGCUUUCCACAGAUGACCCAAGUCCAACAGCGAUGGACGCCAGGAGAAAUAUUUUUGACUCUGUCAAAGAUCAAAUAUGGCAAGAUUUGGGACCUCUGGACCCAAACUGGUUUGAGGAACUAACUGUGAAAGCUUCCAGCAAGGAUCAGGGUGAUACUGAGAGAGAGCAUUCCAGCACUGCAAAAUCAUGUGGACAAGAUGGAAGUUUCAAAAUACUUUCUACCCUGGAUAGUAGUGAUAUGUUCUCUACCCCAAAGGUCUUCAGGCACAGAAAACUGCAGUCUCCUGAGUCAUUGAUAGAUAAGGAACCUUUUCCUCCUGAUCAAGUUUGCUGCUCAGGAACCUCUGGAACCGGAAUAACAGACACAAGCCCUUGCUUAUUUGGAACAUCAGUAGGCAGUGAGACUUCCAGUAAACCAUGUAGAACAACUUCGUAUGGAGAACAUUUUGGGCUGCUUGACAUGCCGAACCAAAUGCAGGCACACUCUGCAAAACGUAUUUCUGAAAGUCUGGGUGCAGAGUUAGACGCUGAUAUUUCCUGGACCAGUUCUCUUAACACACCUGUUAUGUCACCCACAAUUAUUUUAACUAAAAGUGUGGAAAGUCGACCUCUUUGCCCAGUAAAACCUUCUGCUGGAGACCAGGUUAUGUUUGUGCGAAAUCUUUUCCCCUCGCUCUCCAAGGAGUCUGAAAGUGCGAUACCAUCACUAGAAAUAAAUAAUAGACCUCUUGGUCAACAAGUUGGACGAGAUGGCCAGUUAACAGGUGUGUUUGAAAUGUCCGUUGGCUCACAAGACACACUACCUGGUGACGAAAGCGGCCUUUGGAAACAGACCAUACCAAAUGUCUUUGAGGAUAGAGAAAUCCGCAGCACUGUGGCCAGUGUCCUAGAUGGAGCUGAAGAUGUCCUGUCUAUGUUCUUCAGCAACAGCAGUUUGGCUUUACGAAGGGUUAGGGCUAAGGAGAGAAUCAAAAGAAAGCAAAGUGUCUCAACCAGGUUGAGCUCAAUUAAGGAGCACAUACCUACUGAUAAUAUGGAACAUGAAAAAGUGUCUUGCAAGAGAGGAAGAGAAUACAGUGACACAAGUGCUACUUCAGAGUCCAGGACUGAAAUAAAAUCUGGGGAUUUGGGGAUUUCUCAGUGGACUCCAAUUAGCCUAUCUGAAAUAUCUGACUUUAUGGAUACCUUUCACUAUGAAGGGACUUCAUCUAUGAAGCACAUAAUUGCACAUGGUGCUAUGGAUUGCGCUUUCCUUGACUCUACUGGAAGCCUGCAGCCGGAACCUGGUUCCUCUAAACGGACUGUCCUUGUGGAGUCUGCGCUUUCGAGGAAAACUGUCCAAGGCUCCAGCCAUCCAGAUGGGUUUCAGUUGAAACGUUCUGCUGUUGGAAGCUCUCCUGAACACACUUUCGCCAGGAAAACAAGAACAUUUGUUUACGGUGUCCAAAAUCAACCUUCGUCAAAACAAGGAAAACAUUCUGUUUCUCAGAUGUUACUUACCUCCCAUGUCACUCCUCCCAAAGGUAACAAUCAGAACAUAAACAAUAAUGAAACCAUACCAAAUAAACAAGAGUUAAAUACUGGUAAUCUUAAAAAUACUGGCAUGGAUGGGAACAAUCAGCUAGUACACCAGGAAAGUGCAACUGAUAAAAAGAUUUUUUCUCAAGCCCCGACCAAGGACCCUGUUUUUGAUAUGUCACAGCUUUGCAAGGUAUUUGCACAAGAUUUUAGUCAAGCAGUGGAAUUUAGCAAACCAUGCAGCCGAAGAGAAGAAGCUAUUCAAAAUGGCUUCUCCGCAUCAGCCGGUCUCUCAACAGUGAAACAAACUAAAAGAAAACUGACUAAACUAGAAUCUGGCCCCAAAACUCCUAACUAUGUCACCAGGGAUGUAAUGCAUACUACAAACAUUACAAAAGUUACUGACACCAGUGUAUUGAAACAGGCAUUAUCUUGUGAAACAGGAAGUCCACCGACCACUGAAAUGAACUUCAUUAGUCCACUCAACGGUGCCACAGUGUCAAAACAAUCCAGUGUGAAAUUCAAUGGUCAAGUUUGUGUUCCAUGUGGCAGUGUUUCAGGUUUCUUGCAACCUGACUGUGGUUUCAAAACCAACUCGAAAAUGAAGAUACACAUUUCUUCUGCAAGUCUGGAGAAAGCCAAAAAACGGUUUAAGCAAAUUGACGAUGAAAGAGUGGCAGUCAACUGCUCGGGCAUAGGCCUUAAUGAGGAAGGUAAUAUGUCAUCUGGAUUAAUGCUUGUUGAUGAAUCAUGUUUACAUCCUGACCCCUACACACACAAGAUGACUUUUGAGAGCAAAGGUCUGUUGACUGCCUCACAGAGAGCUGAUGUAUCAGAACUAUGCAGUCUUUUGGAAGAUGCAGACAGCCAAUUUGAGUUUACACAAUUUAAAUCAGCCAAGCAUACUACUUUUGUCUCAACAGCGUCAUCAGACAAAGACUUGGAUCCGGACCUUCUCACUGGCAUAGAUUUCAAUGACAGUUUCAACUCUGACAUAGAGAAGCAAUCAUUGAAGAUGGUCACCCCUGAAAAAAAUACAAUUGUUUCUCAGUGCAAGCGAAUUUGCCAAGUUACUAGUAGUGAUAAUAAAUCAUUACCUAUCAGUUCAACUGAGAAACCCAUAGAACAUGUACUUCUCAAAAGAGCUCUUUCUAUUCACAGUUCUAGCUCUGAAAAAAUUGCUAAAAGUUCCUUUGGUCUGUUGACAAAAAACACAACCAGAAAACAUCUGGACAAUAUGAAAAAGAACACCAGUGAAAAGCAGUCUGAUAGCAAACAUCUUAAAUGUGGCAUAAGUUUUAAAACUGCUGAGGGUAAUGCUAUGGCUGUUUCAGAGAAGUGUCUGAGCAAAGCUAAAGCUUUGUUUGCAGAUUUGGAGGAAGUAAAUGAGACUAACACUAACGCAUGUGCAGUGAAAAAUACAGAACAAGUUGAAGCCUCCCCUGUUAAAUGUAAAAGUGAAAUUGAUUCAAACAACAAGAUUAGCAGUUUUACUUCAAACAACAAAAACAGCUAUGAAAAGAAAGGUGACGUCAAUGAACUGUGUGACAAAUAUAUUGACAAGAUGGAAGUAAAUUUUACUAAUUCUCACAAACACACUGAUGAUGAUGAUUUCCAGACUGCCAGUGCGAAAGCUGGGACCAUCUCAGAUUGUGCAUCAAAAGAGCAGAAAAACAAGUGUGGCUUCACUACUGCUAGAGGAAAAAGAGUUUAUGUUUCUCCAGCAUCUCUACUUAAGGCAAGGACUCUCCUGAAUGAUUGUGACGAAUUAGACAACUCUAAGCCUGGGAAAAUACCCAGUUUAUAUGCAAAUAUAUCAAUUCAGAAUAUUAAGCAGAAAAGUUACUUUGGAUUUCAGAAACCUUGUAGCAAAGCAGCAAAGAUUCCUAUGACAGCAAAAAAUGAGUUGAACAGGGGUGGCACAUCACAUGAUAUUCGAGGACAGGAGAAUAAAAUGCUUGAACUGGAUAAUUCCCAAAUUAAUGUUAACAAUUCUUUGCAAAAUGGGUGUGAUUUUUGCACUGCGAGUGGUGAGAGAGAGUGUGUCCCCUAUGGAGCACUGCUCAAAGCUGAAGCUCUUUUUAGUGAUUGUAAUGUAGAUGGAGAGGAACUUUCUAAAUCAAUGCUCAGAGUAGAUUGUACCAUUCCAAUUCAGAAUUCACUUCAGAAGCAAAACGGAUUUAAGUGCGUCAAUGGCAAGGGAGUAACUGUAUCAACUAAAGCUCUUCAGCACGCAAUGGAAUGUAAUACCAUUGUGAAUGCUGAAAUAAACCAGGAGAAUUGGGCUGCAAAACCGACUGAUGUUGUGGUGAUCAACUCAGAAAAAAGCAAUUGUGGCUUUAUGACAGCUGGUGGACAGAAAGUUGUUUCAGAAAAGGGUCUUUUAAAGGCAAGAAGCAUUUUGAAUGACAACCUUGAUGAAAAUUGCCCAUACUUGGAGAAAGGUUUCACAAAAGAAUCAAGUUUAUUUGAGGCAUCUAAAUGGAAAAGUACUGAUGACCUCAACACAGAUUGUCAUACGAAUCUGAUUCAUGAGCUGCCAGUGAAGCAUGGUCAAUUUAGGACUGCUAGUGGCAAAGGAGUUAUCGUAUCAACUAAGGCCCUUCAGCAAGCAAAGGGGAUUUUCACGGACUGUGAUUUCAUUGUCAAUGCAGAUGCGAAGCCGCAGAAUUCACCUGAAAAACAUCCUGAUAUUCAGAAGAACAACCAAGAGAAAAGCAGUUGUGGAUUUAUAACAGCUGGAGGAAAGAAAUUGCAUGUUUCUGAAAAAUGUAUUUUAAAGGCAAGGAGCAUUCUGAAUGAAAACCUUGAUAAUUGCAAAUACUUGGAGAAAGGUUUCACAAACAACUCAAGUUUAUUUGAGCCAUCUCAAUGGAAAAGCAAAGAUCAACCAGAGACACAUUGUGAAUUUAAAUCCGCUAGUGGUAAGGGAGUAACUUUAUCAGUUAAGGCCCUUCAGCAAGUAAAAGCUCUUUUCAAUGACUGUAAUUCCAAUAUGGACAGCUUAAUUAGUGCUGCAGCAAAACAAGAGAAUUCUGAAAUAAAGUCUGCUGAUAGUCUGAUCAACAGUCUAGGGAAAAGCUAUUGUGCAUUCAUGACAGCAGGCGGAAAGAACGUUCACAUCUCUGAUAAAGGUAUUUUGAAGGCCAAGAGCAUUCUGUAUGAAAACCUGGAUGAUAGUUGCACAAAUGCCAUUGAGAAUGUUUGGGUUUCAGAUAGAGUUCCAUUACUCACUGAAGAUGGAACAGAUAUCAAACAUGGAGCAAGGAACAAAUCAAAUUCUUCUGGCAUCCGUGGAGUAGAAAAGAGCUGUGAUUGGGCAUUACAGAAGCCAGAGUCUCUUUUAAAUGAAUGGGAAGUAGUUGAAUAUGCAGAAUUUGAGAACGGUCUAAAAGUGGAUGUGGAAAAUAUUCCAAUAAAGGAACAGAAUCAAAUCUCAAGUUUUAGCACAACUCAUAGAAAUGAGGUGUCAGUUUCUGAAAAGGGCUUUGAAGAUGUGAAGUUUGCAUAUUCUCCUAGUGGGUCUGGCGAUAAUCCAGUAAGAAGCCCUUGUUUUAGCACAGCCAGUGGUAAAAGUGUGUCUGUUUCAGAAAAUGCUCUUCAAGAACCAAGUGCUAAUUUCAAAGAAUGUGUUGAUGAUACCCUUGCCUGUUAUACUAAUCUUCACAAAAGUCCUGAAGAGAAAAGACGACUCAAGGUCCCUAAUCCCACAAUUCACAGUCAGUGUGAGCUGGUCAAAGCAGAUGGACUGAAAGACCCCAAAGUGAUUCAAACCAGUGUUAAAGUACUUCAUCUGUCUUCACUGGGAGUAUGUAAAGAGUCUUCCUUAUCAAACUUGGAGUCUCUAGGGCUCAGUAGCUGUUCUGUAACCCAGAAAAGCUGCUUUGCUAAAAAGGCCAUGGACUGUCCCAAGGCUCUGUUAGAGGCUGAAGACUUGACCAAUCAGAGUCCUAGACUGCCAGAACAAGCUCGCCCCAUGUCUUGCAAGGGAACUUUUCCGGUCAGAAGUGGAACCGGAAAAAGGCAGGCAGCGGAUGUAAAGAUAAGAGACGAGCCGCCUCUUAAACGAAGACUCUUGGAUGAAUUUGAUAGAACUGUGGAUUGUAAUAGACGUUCGUCAUUCAGCCAAGUUAAAAGCAGCUCAGAUGGUACAUUUAAAGACAGAAGAGUGUUCAAAUAUAAUGUGGCUCUGCAACCUAAUGUCACUAGGCAAUAUCGUAAGCUGAGUCUUGUAGCACCAAGGCUCAAUAAGAAUGAACCGCAAAUAACAUCAGAUUCUACCACGAAAGACAUUAAACCAGUGAGCUCCAAGACUAUUGUAUUUGUUCCCCCAUUUUGGAAGAAUAUCCAGCCUGAGCCACAAAGGAGCAGUGGGUGUCAGGACAAGGCUAAAGCGUCGGUUGUGUUUGUUCCUCCAUUCAGAAAAGGCAACCAUGAAACCACUGAGGGUUUCUCUAAGUCUUCAGAAGAUAAAACGUCUCCCUUGGUCUUUGAAAGAGGUUUACAUACUGAAUCAUCUGUCCCACUUCCUGAGUAUAACCACAUACCUGUCAAUGACACUAGUUACGAUAAGGCUAAUAAGUCCGUUCCGGAACUCAACCAACAACGUAUUGAGGAAACCGAAGCAGGAAGGGAUGGUUGGAGUAGACGAGGAGUAGAGGCUGGUACUGCAAAGGAGUCUAAAUAUUGUCAGCCAGCCCCCAACUGCACAGAUGUGGCGCAAGACACACAAUGCCUGCAACUGGCCAGAGACAUGCAGGACAUAAGGAUCAGGAAGAAGAUGCGGCAGACCAUUAGACCUCUCCCUGGCAGCCUGUACCUGGCCAAAACAUCUGGGUUGGCAAGGCGGACCCUGAGGAAUGCUGUUAGGGGUCAGCACCCUGAACAACACACAGUAGAACAGCUGUUUGGCUAUGGUGUGCAUCUGCAUGUUGCGGAAAUCAGCUCUGAGAAUGCUGAGGCUUUCCGCUUUGUUUGCCGACACCACUUCAGUAGCAAGGCAUUUAUAGAGGGGCGCCUUCAGCUGGGGGACGGGGCUUGGCUAAUCCCACGUGACGAUGGAACUGCAGGAAAAUAUGAGUUCUACAGAGCUUUGUGUGACAGCCCUGGCGUGGACCCUAAACUGAUCAGUGAAGACUGGGUGUUCAACCACUACCGCUGGGUGGUAUGGAAAAAGGCCUGCAUGGAAAGGGCCUUUCCCCAGGUGAUGGGCAGCCUAUGUCUGACACCUGAACAGGUGCUCCUACAACUUAAAUACAGGUAUGAUGUGGAGGUGGACCACAGCAGGCGGUCAGCUCUGAGGAAGAUCAUGGAGAGAGACGACAACGCUGCCAAGACCAUGGUGCUUUGCGUCUGUGGUAUUGUCACUAAAGGCCACAACCCUACCAGGCUGAGUUGGAGUGAGACCAAGACGCCACAGAGUGCAGCGGAGUCAUCCCCUGUAGCCGUCAUAUUGCUGACGGAUGGCUGGUAUGCCAUCAAGACCCAGCUAGACUUCCCACUGACAGCCAUGCUACACCGUGGCCGAUUGAGGGUGGGUGGGAAGCUGGUGGUCCAUGGGGCCGAGCUGGUAGGAUCUCAGGACGCCUGCUCCCCACUAGAGGCCCCGGAUUCUCUCAUGCUUAAGAUUAGAGCCAACAGUACCAGAGUUGCGCGUUGGGACAUCAGGCUAGGGUUCUACCGUGACCCACGUCCAUUCCUCCUCCCACUCUCCUCCCUUUACAGCAGUGGAGGCCCAGUAGGCUGUGUGGACAUUGUGGUGUUGAGGAGCUACCCCACCCAGUGGAUGGAGAAGAAGCUGGAUGGAGGGUUUGUGUUCCGUUCGCAACGCGCUGAGGAGACAGAGCAGCAGCGACACGAACAGGCCGAAAACCGGGCCAGGGAGAUCCUGUGUGCCAAGAUCCAGGCUCAGAUUGAGAAGGAGGAGGACGCAGGUUGGGAUAAACCAAGAAGCCGUAAGAGGACCCUGUGUAGUCGAGACAUAGAGAAACUGCUGGAUGGAGAGGAGCUGUUUGAAGCAGUGGAGAAUGAUCCGGUUUAUCUGGAGACUUGUCUGAGUGAGCAGCAGCGGGAGGCAUUAAAAAAAUACAGGCAGUGUGUUUGUGAGAGAAGGCAGACUGCACUGCAGGAACGCAUCCGUCAGGCUGUGGAGGCUGAGGGCUGCCCUGUAAGAAAAGUCUCCCCUGUCUGGAAGCUUUGUGUGGCUGACUCCAGGGCCCAGCCUUGCAAGAAUGUGUACAUGUUGAAUAUCUGGAACCCCUCCCAGGAUAUACAGUCCUUGCUAAAGGAGGGUUGCCGAUACAAGGUCUACCAACUCUCUACAUCUGAGGGAAAGAAACUAGCUUGUAACACCACCAUCCAAUUCACUGCCACUAAGAAAACUCAGUUCCAGAACAUACAGGCUUCUGCAGAGUGGUUAUGUGAGUGUUUUCAGGCCAGAGAGGUGGUUGCCUUCUGCAGUCUCCUGAACCCGGACUUUCAACCACUGUGUGGAGAGCUGGACUUGGUGGGCUACAUCAUCUUGAUCACAGAAAGACAAGGUUACUCUCCAGUGGUUUAUCUAGUGGAUGACCAGCUGGACUUUGUCAAAGUACGCUGCUUUAGCAGUCUGGCCCAACAGGGCUUGGAGGAGCUGGUGAAGCCUCGGGCCCUGGUGGCCCUCACUAACCUUCAGCACCGUACCCAGCACUCCUCCCCUAUCUGCAGCUCCAUUCCAAGCCUGUAUGCCAGCGAUCUGGCCAUGUUCUCCACCAACCCCAAGGAGCCACAUUUAAAGGAGGCAGCUGCUAAACUCAGGAAACGUGUGCAGGAACAGGAAAACUUCUUCAGGAUUGCAGAGGAGAAGUUAUCCAAGUUAGGCCAUGUUCCGUCUCUUGCUCUGCCACCAAGGACUCUAGGCUUGAAAGCGGAUGCCAAACCAGAUACAAGGACUAUUACACCCCAUCGGUUUGUACAAAACACUGGCCCCUUUACCCCUCUGAACAGGGUUGGCAGAAAUCCACCCACCUGCUUUUCAGGGGGAGAUAACAACAAAGACUCAAAAACCUUGAAAAGGAAAAGGGGUCUGGACUACCUGUGCAUCCCCACUCACCCUCCACUCUCCCCCCUGGGUACCAUGGCCUUACUCUCGCCACGGAUUAGCAAAACCUUUAACCCCCCUCGCAGAGCAGAGACCCCCCGGAUCCUAAAGACAGCUCAGGCCCCCACUCCUCGAUCUGUCUUUAAACCUUUUGAGGAUGAGUGGGUGGAUGAUGAAGAGUUGGCCAUGAUUGACACUCAGGCCCUACACGAUGGUGUACAGACAGACACUUGACAGAGUGAGCGUAUUGGCCUUGAUGAAAGUAUUACUUUGAAGGUUUCAUUGAACAACACAUUCUUUAAGCCAAAAUGUUUAGUUGUAUCCAUCUGGAAAGUUAUAGUGCCUUGUGUCAAAGUGUACAGUACAUAGUUGUCCAACUUCCGGUUGUUGCUAGGUUGAAUUUUAACUGAAAAAAAUGUUUCUGAAAACUUUUUUUUUUGAAAAAAGUUAACAUAUAUGGAGUUAUUCCCAACAUCAGGCUGAAAAAAAAUUAUUUUUGGUCUUAUCACAAAUGUGGUGAUGUGUACAUACAAGU